AUGCAAUGCACACCCAGGGAAGCCAUCAAAGGUACUCCAAUCACAUUCGAAAUGAUACGCAAGGCAACCAUAGAAGAGCCACUGCUGAGUCAAGUAGAGAAGUACCACCUCUCCAAGUGGUCACAAAACGGUACUGGAUACGCCAAAUUCCCGGAUUCUUGUACCACAGCUUUCGUGCAAGAUGUACUUAGUUUGGUCUGGAGUACUGCAAAGGAACAAGGCAAAUUCUUCGGUUCCUGCGUGGCAUGA